UGCUCUCCCGGAAGUGGUCGGGAGGUGCUGCGCUUCCGGCCGCGGCGGCGGGGAGAGGCCCAGGGCGAGUGUUGUGGGUCGAGGCUGAAGCGGAAUGAGCGACGUGGUAGAGCGGACCCUGAGCGCGCUGCCCCGGCUGCUGGGGCAGCAGGAACUGGGCGCCGGGUUGGGGGGACCCGUCGGGCCUGGCAGGGUUUCGCCCACCUCGCGGCUCGGGAGCCUCAUCCGGAGCAUCACAGCGCUCACCUCCAAGCAUGAAGAAGAGAAACUAAUCCAGCAGGAACUGGCCAAUUUGAAAGCGACAGUGUCUGCCCCCAGCACCACGCUUAGACUGAUGAAAGAAUGUAUGGUGAGACUCAUCUAUUGUGAAAUGCUGGGGUAUGAGUCUUCCUUUGGAUAUAUCCAUGCAAUCAAGCUUGCACAGCAAGGAAAUCUUUUGGAGAAGAGAGUUGGUUACUUGGCAGUUUCUUUAUUUCUACAUGAAAACCAUGAACUGCUGCUUCUGCUUGUGAACACAGUUGUGAAGGACUUGCAGAGCACUAAUCUAGUAGAGGUGUGCAUGGCAUUAACUGUUGUCAGCCAGAUCUUUCCACGGGAGAUGAUUCCAGCUGUUCUUCCCCUAAUAGAAGACAAGCUCCAGCAUUCUAAGGAGAUUAUCCGAAGAAAAGCUGUUCAAGCUUUAUAUAAAUUCUAUCUCAUUGCUCCUAACCAAGUUCAACAUAUUCAUGAUAAGUUCCGAAAAGCCUUAUGUGACCGGGAUGCUGGAGUCAUGGCUGCUUCGCUGCCUAUUUAUCUUCAAAUGAUUAAGGAAAACUCAUCUGAAUACAAGGACUUGACUGGGAGUUUUGUAACCAUCCUAAAGCAGGUAGUGGGAGGAAAGCUCCCUGUUGAUUUCAACUAUCACAGUGUGCCAGCACCAUGGUUACAAAUUCAGCUUUUAAGAAUAUUGGGGCUGUUAGGAAAAGAUGAUCCAAGGACGAGUGAAUUGAUAUAUGAUGUUCUAGAUGAAUCUUUAAGAAGAGCGGAGUUAAAUCAUAAUAUCACAUAUGCUAUCUUGUUUGAAUGUGUCCAGACAAUUUAUACAAUUCAUCCCAAAUCUGAACUACUUGAAAAGGCUGCGAAGUGCAUUGGAAAAUUUGUUUUGUCACCCAAAAUUAAUUUGAAGUACUUAGGUAUAAAGGCACUGACCUAUGUUGUCCAGCAGGAUCCUAAUCUGGUGCUUCAGCAGCAGAUGACAAUAAUCGAAUGCCUGGACCAUCCAGAUCCUAUUAUUAAAAGGGAGACUUUAGAGCUUCUCUAUAGAAUUACAAAUGGACAGAAUGUAGUUGUCAUAGUUCAGAAGAUGCUUGACUACUUAAAAGAAAGCAAAGAAGAAUAUACUGUCAUCAAUUUAGUUGGCAAAAUAGCAGAACUAGCUGAGAAGUAUGCCCCUGACAACGAGUGGUUCAUCCAAACAAUGAAUGCUGUCUUUUCAGUUGGAGGUGAUGUUGUGCAUCGUGAUAUCCCAAACAACUUUCUGAGGCUAUUGGCUGAAGGAUUUGAUGAUGGAAAAGAAGAUGCUCAGCUACGGAUGUAUGCAGUACAAUCUUAUUUAACAUUACUCGAAGAGGAAGACGCACUGUAUUCACAGAAAUUCCUUCAAGUUAUGAGUUGGGUGUUGGGGGAAUAUUCCAGCCUUGCUGCAGAUGUUGAUCCAGAGGUUAUUUUGACAAAGCUGCACGGUCUGCUGAAGAAGUCUUUUGUUACUUCUGAAACUAAAGCGUGGAUAAUGGCUGCAGUCACCAAGAUAGCGUCACGUACCUCCUCUUCAAAAACAGUUGAUAAACUAAUCCAAGAAUUCAGCAACUCUCUAGAUACUUGCGUGAGACAGUAUGCCUUUGAAUUGAAGCAUCUGUGUGAAGACAAAGCACUGAUGAAAAACUUGCUUCCAUUUGAUGCUAGUUACACUGACAUGGUGGUAGAUGCUUCCUUAUCUUUUCUGGAUGAGUUUGUGGCCGAGGGACUUGGUCAUGGUGCAGCACCGUAUAAGACUCAUCACCAGAGACAAGAGGAGAAACUUUCUCAGGAAAAAGCUCUGAAUUUUGAACCUUAUGGAUUGUCAUUUGCUUCUAGUGUGUCCUCCUCUGGCAUCAUGGGCAGACAGUCUCCCACUGGUUUAUCUUUUGGUUCUGAUAUGUCUGGUAAUAGUGCUGAAACAGGGCAUAAAGAGACAAAUACUCUGAAACUUGAGGGAGUGCGCAAGCUAUGGGGAAAAGAAGGCUAUCUUCCAAAGAAAGAAAACAAAGUAGGGAAAGAAAAUGAGCCACAAACCGAUUCUUGUGGCAGCUUAUUAGCAGCACGGGUGGGUGAUCCCCCUGCGUUGCGGUCUGAUCAAGGUGGUAGCUUCUCCGAGGAAGACAAAGAGAAACAGCAGUUAGCCUUGAGUUUGUUUACUGGGCUAGGAUCAAAUGCUGGUGUCAGUCUGAUGGGGAGAGCAGACACUACUACUCAGAAGUUCAAAAGAAAGUCAAAGAUAAAUGAAACUCAAAAUAGUGAGGAGACGUCAGACUUCCAAAAAGGUGCUUCCUCAGAUUUUGGUCCCUUACUUGAUACGUUACCUGUUAGUAUGGAAGACUGUGAGGGAGAUAUACACACAAGGUUAAGGAAGCCCACUUUGUGUUCUUCAGAUAUUCCAGAAGAUAAUUUAGCCUUUGAAACACCUGAGUCCCUCAAACAACCUGAGCUGGACGACAGACUUUCAGAUAGCAGGCCGUCACAAAUCACUUUGUUUGCUGAUAGUAGUAUUGAAAUUUUUCAGCCUUCUCCAAGUGGUCAGUGUGCAAGUGCCGAGAAAACACUAUUGGUCCCUUCCUUACCAGAAGAGCUAGAAGAGCUGACGCACUCUGAACUAGUGGAACUUUGUCAGAGUGAUGCCUUUGCUCUGUAUUUGUGUAAAGUGUGGACUGAUGACUCUCUGUUGCUCACUCUUUUUGUUUCAAAUAAAACCACUUCUGCACUUGAUGCUGUGAACUUAGUGUUUGAAGAAUCAGAACACUUUCAGAUUUUGGAGAGUGCCACUUACCAGUUUCCUGUGAUUGAAGCUCAAGGUGUGGAACAUUGCAAGAAAUGUGUGUGGAUGGACAAAAUCUGUGCGCAGGGAAUUCUUUCUGGCUCCGUUAGCUACCAGUCAGAUAGAGACACUCGUCUUGAAUUUUCAAUAGCUUUAUCAUUGUUGGAUUUCAUCAGGCCAAUGGAAAUGACUACAGAAGACUUUGGGAAGCUGUGGUUAUCCCUUUCCAAUGAUGUGAAACAGAAUAUGAAAAUGUCGUCAACUCAAGAUUCCCUUUCAGCAACUCUGACUACACUGCAGCAGAAGCUGAAACUCCAUAUUGUUGAUAUUAUAGGUAAUGAGGGGAUACUGGCAUGCCAGCUACUUCCAUCUGUGCCCUGUCUGCUGCACUGUCAUACUCACUCAGGGAUGCUGGCUUUGUGGAUCAGGUCACCUUGUUCUGCUCUUCCAGAUGGUUUGCUUUACCAGUGUCAAAAGGUGAUGGAAGAAUCCUGAUAACAGUAGUGCCUGCCUUAAUCUCUUUGGUGUGUGAAAAGCAAAUCAAAGACUUACCCAGUUGCACAGAUAAUUACCAAAGCUGAAUUAAGAUACUGCUUUUCAGAAGUUUUCUUCCAGCUGGCAUAUGUUAUGUGGACUUGUAUGGGAAGAAUGAUGACCUAGAUUACACCUGCAGAAACAUGCUCAGGACUGUACAGUGACUGACAAGCAAUUCAUUGAAGUAUUGUUAACCUGUUUAUGUGAAAUGUAUAUUUCUUAAUUUUGUUGUAAAUGACUGAAAGUAUUUAUUUUUAUUAUCUAGCUUUUACAGAUGCCAAGAGUUAUUCCUCAUAGCAACUACUUGAUAUGUUUUCUUCAAAAUCGUAUUUUCCAUUAGGAGGUCAGACUCGGUCAGCUAUCAAGAUUAUUUGAUUUUAUUUUGAUAAUUUUUCUGAAGCUAUUUUUAAGCACUGCUGGCAACAAGACCCGUACUGACGGUUAUAUAAAGUAACUUAUGCAGCAACAAAAGCAUGUUUUGAAACUAGUUAAAAGAUUUUAGUAAGCAGCACACUUCCCAUGGUCUUCCCCGUUUAAGUGGUAAUGUCUAAAUAGGUUUUUGGUAGGAGGCAGGCAUGCAAAACUGUAUAGAGGCACCUCAUGGGGGAUGAUGCAAAGCACAUCAGGUUAGUUCCUGUCUGCAUUUCUUCCUGCCUCAUGUUUCAGUCAUGUCCCUUUCCUUAAGGGUCUGUGACAGUCACUGAAUAUUUGUGCCUUUCUUAAAAUGAGUUUCUUGUGGAUCAAGUCUGAGAUGACUCUUGUGGGGGUAGUUGGCUGUGGAGAUGUUGGCGAGUUGGUGGCUGGCUAGUGGACAUGCUCAUCACUCUGCAGUCAAUACUAUAAAUUUAAUCUGGCCAAUAUCUGCCCAUGAAAAUUUGUAUGGAGGAAAUUUUCAUUUAUUUUUAAUAAUUUCUAGCCUCAGUGAGACUCUUCAAAAUUUUGACUUGCACACGUGUGGCUGUAUUGUGUGUGCAUUGCUCGGAGCUGCAGUAAGGCAUAAGAGGUCUAAAUCAGAGCAGCAUACGUGAUAAAUAUGUGUCUAGACUGUCUCCUUUUCUUCCUGGAGUAACUGCAGAGUCUUGAAAAUCCAGCAGUCUUAAUUUAUUUGGAACUUAAAUGAAAACUUUAAUACGGUUUAAUAUUAUUUAUAACUGCUUAUGGUUUUUAUUUUAAAAUAUCAAAUAUGGUAUACAGUGUUUGGCCACAGUAGAAACGAAUUUUACAGUGGGAUUCUCUCCUUCUUUGUGUUCAAUAUUAGCAAGGAAAUUCUUUGUUAUAUUACACUGUUAGUGAUUCUUACCUGAUAAGCACUGUUUGUAAAGGAAAAUAAAGUAUUCUGUUACUUUGCUGAUGUUUUGGUAAAUGUUCAUGAGAUAAUCAUAAGAAUGUUGAAGUUCUGAUAGUUUCUUUUUUCUUUUUUUCUUUGAUUUUUUUGUUUGUGGUCUUUUUUCUGUUUUUUUUUCAUUGUUUUUAAGUCAAGCCACUUGUGUUAUCACAAGUACAAUCAUAUACAAGCAAAGCUCCUUUUUUUUAUUGCUGUUUCAGUACAUCUUUACUGAAGAAUUUAAAGUGCACUGAACUUGUAAAUAUACUUAAUGUUGUGCGUACUUAAGUGUUUAUUUGGCACCUCAGAGGGUUUCUAUAAGUGAAAAACUGAUUUAUACUGGAAAUUUCAGUAAACAGUUUCCCUGCUGGUAAAUGGAACAUGUGUUAUGCGAUUGGGCUUUUGUAAUCAUAUGAACUAUAAUAGACGCAUCUGUUUCUGGCCUAUACACUUAAACCAUUUCAGCAAUGAGAUGUUUGAUGUCCUAGUGUUUAACAAAAGACAAUAAUGCCUUCUAUUGUUUGUGUAAUGUUCUUUAUGACUUUUUUCACUGUAUGAAUAGUAUAUGUUAAGCUGUCAAUAUGCAGACAUGAAGAGCUUUAUUUUAACAUCAUAUAUUGGGGCUUGCACCUGUGGCAGUCUUUAUUUUUAGAGUGCCCAGCAAAUAUCUGUCCUAAUCUAUCACUGUCUUUGCGUUCUUGUAGUUUAAUAAAAUUCAGUUUCAUAAAAAAAUUAGCUUGACACUCAUUAAAUAUUAUUUGCUACCACAUGUAGCAGUGUUUUUGCAUAUUAAGAACUAGAUUCUAUUUUAAUAGUUUCUUUUUGCGUCAGAACAGAGAUGAAGAAUGUAACAUUGUGGAAGUCUUGAAUCCAUUGGUGAUCUAAAUGUCUUGUGUCCAAUGGGAGGUAUAAAAAUAGUGAAGGAGUACACUUCACUACAUUCUGUGUGCCAGCUCGCAGUAUCCAGUCAACUUCUGCCAGAUAGUGGGAUUUUAGACAUUGCAGAAGACUUUGGGGGGGUGUUCACAGUUGACAACAAUAGCUUUUUUUUCCCUUAAGUCCAAUGCUAAGGUCACUUGAGAAGGAGUUGGGCGUUUGGCGAGUUUGACAGAGUUGCUGGAUUGAAGGUGGCUGCAGCCCUGAUCUGAAUCGUGAGGCUGUUUUGUGCAGUGUGGCUGUCAGUGUGUAACAAGAGCGUGUGCUGCUUACACAGGUAAGUGAUUGUAUUGGGUCCAUAUUUCAAUUGUUUUGUCAGGUUUUCCCCAGUAUUUUUUAAUGAAACAAAUACUUCAGUAGUGAAAUUGGAAGUGCUGCAUGGCAGUAUGAUGCAGAAUGGUUUCCUAAACAUAGCUCAAAUCAGUUGUGUUAUAUAACUUUCUGCUCGCUAUUCUUCAACCCCUUCUCAUCCUUUAAGGACCCGAGAGAAUAAAUUCAUUUAAUGGGUACCAUUAUCUUAAGGUUUUUCUGUACUUGCAAGUAGCUGAUAAAUGACAUUGCCUGAUGGUUUCCAAAUACUGAAAAGGUGGUUAUCUCCUAUGGAGUCCCACUGGCAGUUUUUCAGUGUAAAAUGCUGUACUAUCUUUUCUGUGUGGAUAAAACUCUAUUGUUUGCUUCUGGCAUCGAGGUGUGUAAAA